AUGAGCGCCGGCGAACUCAGGCGAAUCUCAGGCUACGUGCAGCAGGACGAUGCGCUCUUCCCUCACCUCACCCCACGAGAAUCGCUCCUCUUCUCAGCCCACCUCCGCCUGCCCUCCUCCCUGCCCCUCGCGGACAAGCUCGCCCGCGUGGAUGCCCUCCUCGCCACCCUCGGACUGCAGGCUGUCGCCCACACACGGAUUGGCAGCACCAGCGCCGGCAGCAGCAGGGGGAGGGGAUUAUCUGGAGGAGAAAGGAGGCGAGUUUCCAUAGGAAUGGAUCUGGUGCACAACCCGGCAGUGGUGCUGCUGGAUGAACCCACCAGUGGGCUGGACAGCGCUGCUGCUGCCAACGUGCUGGGCGUGCUGAGAAGCAUGGCGAAAGAAGGAGGCAGGACAGUCGUGCUGUCUAUACACCAGCCCAGCUUCCGCAUGCUAGAGCUCAUCGACUCCCUCCUGCUGCUCUCUCGGGGCUCCGUGGUUCACUGCGGCCCUCUCUCCCUGCUGGAAGCUCGCCUUGCUGCUGCUGGCUGCACUGUGCCCAUGCGGGUCAACGCGUUGGAAUACGCCAUGGAGGGCAUGGGGUCCAGCGACAGUGUGCUGUGGAAGAGGCUUCAACAGCAGCAGCAGCAGCAGCAGCAAACGGCAGCAGCAGAUGGGGACGUGUAUUUCCAUGGCACUGCUGCUGCUGCUGCUGCUGGUGGUGGUGACCACCAGACAUGUGUUUCUCACAAGGAUACUCCUCCUGAAGGCCACACUGGGAGUGAGGUCUUUCACGAGCUUCCCCUCUCCUCAUCACCAGCAUCAUUCCCCUCCCCAUCCUCCUCCUCCCCAUUAUCCUUCUCCUCACCAUCAUCCUCCCCUCCUCCGCCGCCACCGCCAUCAUCAGCUUCACCGUUCCAAGAUGUUCCGAUCUCAAUCCAAGGCACCUGCGGCAGUGGCAGCAGUAGUGACGACAGUGACUGUGACAGUGCUGGCAGCAGCAGCGAAGGCGAGAGCAGCCAAGGGGGAAAAGAAGAGUCUUCCCUUCUUCCCCAGUAUGCCACAUCGCCCUUGCACGAGAUCUGGUGGCUCAGCUGCCGCAACUUCAAGAACAUGGCCAGGACCCCAGAGCUGUGCCUAGGGAGGGCGUCUCAAGUCGCCUUUACUGCUCUCUGCCUUGGAACACUCUUUCUUCGCCUGCCGUCCAACCCCCAGGGGAUAGAGGAGCGCAUGGGCUUCUUUGCCUUCUCCCUCGCCUUCCUCCUGACAUCAUCUGUGGAAGCUCUGCCCGUUUUUCUUGAGGAGAGGCAGAUAUUUCUCCGAGAAACAUCAAGAGGUGCAUAUCGCAUAUCUUCGUAUGCCAUCGCUAGUGUGGCGGUGUUUCUGCCCUUCCUCCUGCUCCUCGCCCUCCUCUACUCCAUCCCAGCCUACCUCCUCGUCGGCCUGCAUCCUUCCCUCUCCUCCUUCCUGUUCUUCCUCCUCAUCGUCUGGGCGGUUCUGAUCGUAGCCAAUGCCAUUGUCGCCUGCAUCGCAGCCAUGGCGCCUGACUUCAUCACAGCUAACUCCAUGAUCGCUGGCCUAAUGGGAGCAUUCUUCCUCUUCUCCGGCUACUUCAUUGCCAAGAAGUACAUCCCCUCAUACUGGAUCUGGAUGCACUACCUGUCAGUCUUCAAGUAUCCCUUAGAUGCUCUCAUCAUCAACGAGUACGGAAGCCAUAGCGUCACCACCUUCGGGCUUGCAGGCACAGGAGCACAGGUGUCUGUGCUUGUCAGUCAGCAGAGCUCAUUGGCGCCUCUUGAGGGUGACACAGAAGGCCCGGCCAUGGUGCAUCCAUCGAAAUCAGAGGGUGCUGAAGGAGGAUUCAGCAGUCUAAGAGAACCUGGAUUGGCGCAAUCAGCCUGCUCGCUAGCAGGGGUCACAAUAUUUUGCUGUGCAUUCGUAAUGGGCCUUGGACCAAUUCCCAACAUCAUCUGCUCUGAGAUAUUUCCCACCCCUGUUCGCGGCUUGUGCAUUGGUCUGUGUGGUGCUGCUAUGUGGCUGUGUAACAUUGGUGUCAGCCAGGCGUUUCCUCUACUUCAAGCAAGAUUUGGUCUUGCUGGGGUCUUUGCCAUCUUCUGCACAAUGAGCAUGAUCUCGUGGCUCUUCGUUUUCCUCAAGGUCCCAGAGACAAAGGGCUUGCCGUUGGAGGUCAUCUCCACAGCUUCUGUUUCGAGGCACCUUCAGUCUCUCAAAAUGGCUGCUCUCGCGAACGCCGCUGUGCUCCCGUCCACCUUCGUCGGCCAGAGCGCGGAGCUCGCCGCCAAGGUGAACAAUGUGGAGGCCCGCGUGACGAUGAGGAAGACCGCCAAGGCGGCUUCCAGCAGCGCCUUCUACGGCCCCGACCGCAACCUGUUCCUGGGCCCGUUCUCCUCCCCCCCGUCUUACCUCACCGGCGAGUACCCCGGCGACUACGGCUGGGACACCGCUGGUCUGUCCGCCGACCCCGAGACGUUCGCCAAGAACCGCGAGCUGGAGGUGAUCCACGCUCGCUGGGCUCUGCUCGGCGCGCUCGGCUGCCUCACCCCCGAGCUCCUCGCCGGCAACGGCGUGAACUUCGGCGAGGCCGUGUGGUUCAAGGCCGGCGCGCAGAUCUUCUCCGAGGGUGGCCUUGACUACCUCGGCAACCCCAGCCUGAUCCACGCGCAGUCAAUCCUGGCCAUCUGGGCGACGCAGGUGAUUCUGAUGGGAGCAGUUGAGAGCUACCGCGUGGGUGGCCUUGAGGGCUUCCAAGAGGUUGAGGACCCCCUGUACCCCGGCGGUGCCUUCGACCCCCUGGGUCUGGCCGACGACCCCGACGCGCUCGCCGAGCUGAAGGUUAAGGAGCUGAAGAAUGGCCGCCUCGCCAUGGUGUCCAUGUUCGGGUUCUUCGUGCAGGCCAUCGUGACCGGCAAGGGCCCCCUGGAGAACCUUUCUGACCACCUGGCCGACCCUACCGUCAACAACGCCUGGGCCUACGCCACCAACUUCACCCCCGGCGCCUAG